AACCCCCACGCAUACCCCCCUCCCUCCCAUCCCUCUAUAUGUUGUGCUCUCUAACCCUAACCAGCCUUAUCUGCCUUUACCUGCGAGCCAUACCACGUCCAUGGAGCACGAUGAAGCUGUGGAUGAUGCUUCUGAUUCUGCUGCUACACCUUGGUAAUGCUCCCUGGAUGACAGUGGUGUGUGUGUCCCUCCCCGCUCCUUCCAAAGUCUCCAUCUCCUCCCUCAACAUGGAGCACACUCUCAGCUUCCUGCCGGGCCCCGGGACCCCCCCAGACGCCCGCUUCACUGUCCAGGUCCUCCGCCUCAGGAAGAGCCAGUGGAGACUGCUGGCAGCGUGCACACAGCUGACGGCCGGACAGAAGUGUAACCUAACCCGAGCCUUCAAGGACCGCUAUGAACAAUACCAAGCCCGAAUCCAGGCCUUCACCCUCAGCCAGACAUCCAACUGGACUGUGUCGGAGAAGUUCCUGCCUCUGACAGACACGGUGCUGGGACCUCCGGAUGUGUCUCUGUCCGGCUGUGGGGACUGUUUGCUUCUGCGGCUCGGAGCUCCUAUAGCAAUGGAGUUCAGUCCAACAUACAGAGUCCAUGUGCAAAGGACCAGGGAUGGUGUACAGUUCAAUCUGAGCCUGCCUUACAAAGAGGAGACAGUGAUCACCUACCUGCAGCCAGGUGUGGAGUACUGUGUGACCGUCUCCAUCUGGUCCGUCUUCAACAAAAACACCGUCUCCAGUGCUCCUCACUGUGCCUUCACCAGUCCCCCCCCCUCCAGGAUCUCAUAUGUUGUGAUGCUCGGCCUGCUGGCUGCAGUCUGUGCUCUGGGGCUGCUGCUCAUUCUGCUGCACUUCUACGGUCUGCAGGGAUUUAAAGUACUGAGAAAAUGCCUAUCUACAACUCUGUGUGGCGGGGGUGUGUCCAUUGAACAGUCAGCUCAGAUGUCUGCUGUGCAGCACCUCAAAGAAGGCUCUGCUGACUGCCUCCUUACUGCACAGAGGCUCCUGAGGAACACCUCUGAUGGGGAGAGGAAAUCCAUGGAGAGGACAGUGAAAUCUAAUGUGUAAAGGUGACAUGUUGGGGAGGGACAGGACGUAGAGCAUGUCUAGGUUGAUGGGAUUUAGCUAAAUGUUUUUUAGAAAGAAAAAGUCUAUGUUCUACUAUCACAGUGAGAUAUUUUUGUAAAUUGUUAUAAUCCUGUUUAUAUGCCAAUAUUUCAAAUUUUCCUGGUGGAUGAAGUUAUGUCACUUGUAUAACCCAGAGAAUAACUAGCUGGUGUAGGGACGAUCGUGUUGCAUGGAACUCCAUCUGAGAUCCAGUUGUGUAAAAAAGGGCACAAGAGAUAGUUUAUUAUGCAUUACUUUGAGUAUUAAUCCUGUAGUAUACACAUGUACUGUACUGUAAAGUAGUAUCUUUGCUUUGCUUAAUCCUGUUGUCUUCCUUAUUAUAUUUUUCUCAAAAGUAGCUUUGUAUCAACCAUUACUGUGAUUACAUUAAAGAAAUUAUGAAUGUC